AUGGCAGACGGCAUAGACAGGUUUUUCUUGGGUGAAACGGCAAUAGCUUUAAUUGAAGCUUGCAGAGCCACGGGUAUUUCGGACACGGCUAGCUUGGCCGCGCUGCACUCUGAUGAAGGAAAAACUGUGGCUGCAGGAAUAGCUGAGAAGGCGAUAGCUCUACCAAGCUGGCCCCCAUUAAAGUGCGGUGAUGACAUCAAUGAGGACACCAAGAAGUCCGUGAAUUUAAUGCGUGCUAAGAGAAUCCUGAUGACCGCGUCUAAACAAGUCGACGAGGGAACUGAGUGCUCCUCACAGAAGUUCAUGGAGAUGGCCUAUGAGCGUUUAGGAGGUGAAUUGCCAGAAAGAAUGACGAUUGGGGAACAGCAUAUUCGAGCCAUGGUGAAGGACCCUGCAACCUAUCGUGAGUUAAAAAUCACCAAAGGAACUGCUCUAGAUGUUCCGGUUUGGCGGGAGACAACGGAAAGGAAAAAUGGUGGCAACUAA